CAAUAAUUGCAUAUUAGCUCUUAAUUAUUGUUAAUUAACAUUGUUUCAAUAUUAAAUUAAAGAGAUAAAAAGUGAUAAUUCAUAAGUGUUUAAACUUUUUAAAAUGUUUGUUUUAUAUUUUAUUAUUGUAACGGUUGUAUUAAUAAAACUUAUUGCAACAAUAACAAAAGGAAUAUGUACGUGUAAAACGCGGUUAGAUGGAAAAACUGUAAUUAUAACUGGAGCAAAUACGGGUAUUGGUAAGGAAACUGCUCUAGACUUUGCAGAACGUGGUGCGCGUGUAAUAUUGGCAUGUCGUAAUAGAACUUUAGCAGAGAAAGCAAAAGAUGACAUUAUUAAAAAGACCGGUAAUAGAAAUGUUGUUGUAUAUAUGUUAGACAUGGCCUCUUUUGAUUCAGUACGACAAUUUUCAAAAGAAAUUCAUGAAAAUGAGUCACAUCUUCAUAUAUUAGUAAAUAAUGCUGGUGUAGCUGGUGUUGGUGAUCAAAUUACAAAAGAUGGGCACAAUAUGGUUAUGCAAGUCAACUAUUUUUCUCAAUUUUUAUUAACAAAUUUAUUAUUAGAUUUACUUAAAAAAUCAGCACCAAGUAGAAUUAUUACCAUUUCCUCAGUAUUACAUUUAAUGGCAAAAUUAAAUUUGCGAAAUUUGGAUGAAAUUGCCAUGCAUAAAUUGACACAUGGCGUUGUCUAUGGUAAUUCAAAAUUGUGUACGAUAUUAAUGAGUAAAGAAUUAGCACGCAAAUUAGAAGGAACUAAUGUCACCACGAACACAUUGCAUCCUGGAGUAAUAUCAACAGAAAUUUGGAGAAAUUUACCGAUAUAUUCAAAAAUGGUUGUACUUCUUACGAAAUUCUUUUACAAGACACCCAAAGAAGGUGCACAAACCACAAUCCAUGUAGCAGUAAGUGAAGAAUUAAAUGGUGUGUCUGGUGAAUACUUCCAGGAUUGUAAGAAAACAUGGUUACUAUCGCCAACAGCAAAAAAUGUUAAAUUAAGACAGCGAUUAUGGGAUGAAACAUUGAAAAUUGUUAAAUUACAACCAAACGAAAUUCAUUAUUAAUAAUAAUUUUAUUAGAGAUUGAUAUCUCAAAACUAGUCAUUUAUAAGAUA